AUGGUCCUUGCAGCUGAGAAGGCUGGGAUAGCACGUGAACACCUUCAGCUUGUCUAUGAACCAGAGGCGGCCGCUAUCUUUUGCAAGAACGAGUAUUCGACAGCUGUUGAUCCUCGACAGAAGGACAUCUUUAAACCUGGCAGCAACUUUAUUCUCGUAGAUCUUGGAGGAGGCACAGUUGACAUCACUGCACACAAGGUCAACGAUGAUGGGACUUUGGACGCCCUUGUUCCACCGUCAGGAGGACCCUGGGGAGGAUACAACGUCAAUAAAAAGUUAUUUGAACUUUUGGAAGACCUUUUUGGAGCCGAAGUAUUUCGGAAAUUUUCUGCUGAAGAAAAGGACGAACAACUUGAGCUUGAAAGAUCGUUUGAAGUAAAGAAAAGACAGGAUGGUCAGUUCAGUAUCAAACUACCGGCACGACUAAUCGAACUAGCUGGUGAAACAAAAAUGAAAGAAAUCAAACAUUCCCAGAAAGUCUCAUUCAGAAAAGACAAACUGUUUGUCAAUGCUACAGCAGUGCUGGACGUAUUCAAAGAAACGAUUGAACACACCAUUGUUCAUGUUAGCGAAAUAUUGCAAAAGACAGAUUUACAGAAUGUAUCAACUAUUGUUUUAGUUGGGGGGUUUGCAGAGUCAAAAGUACUUCAACAGGAGGUUAAAAGUCGUUUCAAUCCAAAGAAGUAUUUGCUUGUGAUUCCUCAGGCUCCUGAACUUGCUGUUUUAAAAGGUGCAGCUUUGUACGGACUUGACGAGUCUCUCAUCCGCUCACACAGAAUGCCGUAUACUGUAGGGAUCGACGCAGCUGUUGAGUUCGACGAAGGGCAACACCCUGCAAAGCUAAGGCAUUUCCAAAACGGCUCCUUCAAGUGCACCGGUAUAUUCAAAGUCUUCAUUGAAAGAGGAACACAAAUUCAACCGAACACGGCGUCCGCGGAACACAAAUUUCGUGCUCCAAAUCCAGAAGAAGCCGUUAUAGAACUCUAUAAAUCAGACAGGGAUGAUAUACCUACUUACACAGAAGAUUGCAGACGUCUCGGGAAAGUUAAGCUCAUCUUAAUCGCUCCAACACAAGCCGACCAAACUAAAAAGGAUGUUAGUACAACAGAGAAUCCAAUGAUAAAAGUUCAAAUGUAUUUUGGUGACACGUUGGUCACUGUGAAAGCCGAAGAGGUUGGAACGAAUAACUCAAUUGUCGCAGAAAUUAACUUUCUGUAAUGAGGUAGCUACUGAUGAUUUGCAAAUUACCAUAUGCAAAGAAUAGAGGAUUUCUAGCUUUAAAUAAACGCGCUAAAGGAUAUGUAUAGCCGCCCCGUGACCAUUACUGUAUAUAAAUGUACUUUUCAUUAUCAUGGCACACUCGUUCGGCGGAUCACACACACACACACACGCACGCACGCACGCACGCACACACACACACACGCACACACACACACGCACAAACACACAUCGUAAUGAAUAAGAUUGUUUAAAGUCUUUUGCGCUCAGAAUGUUAUUUGGUGUAAGAGCGGUAGAAGGAGAGCUUUUAGAAAAAUGUAAUACUGAAUGACAUUAUUGAGUAGCAUUACAAAAAACAAAACU